CUUCCCGCCGUGGCUGGUCAAACCCUGUCCACCCUGCCCUUGCACGUGUGGCUGCGAUAGACCUAGGUCCAGUACCCCUCCGUCCCUGCCACCGCCUCCCCCGCCCCCUACCGUACACAGUCUGCCUCCACCACCUCCUCCACCAACCAUAACACAGCCAUCGCUGCCUCCACCACCUACCAUGCAGCCAUCGCUGCCUCCACCACCUCCUCCACCUACCAUGGAGCCAUCGCUGCCUCCACCACCUCCUCCACCUACCAUGGAGCCAUCGCUGCCUCCACCACCUCCUCCGCCUACCAUGGAGCCAUCGCUACCUCCGCCACCUCCUCCACCAACCAUGCAGCCAUCGCUGCCUCCACCACCUCCCCCACCUACCAUGGAACCAUCGCUGCCUCCACCUCCUCCUCCACCUACAAUAGAGCCAUCGCUGCCGCCGCCUCCUCCACCGCCUGUGAUACACAGUCUGCCACCUCCACCACCGCCUCCUGUCAUAGAACCAUCUCUGCCUCCACCUCCUCCACCCCCUGUCAUACAGCCGACGUUCCCCCCGCCCCCUCCACUACCUCCUAUACCAAGUCUGCCCCCGCCACCUCCACCCCCUGUCAUACACAGUCUGCCACCUCCACCACCGCCUCCUGUCGUAGAACCAUCUCUGCCUCCACCUCCUCCACCCCCUAUCAUACCACCUACAUUCCCCCCGCCCCCUCCACUUCCUCCUAUACCAAGUCUACCCCCGCCACCUCCACCCCCUAUCAUACCAAGCCUGCCUCCGCCCCCGCCUCCCCCAUCAUACUACCAUCAU